AAGUAGAACUUUGUUAAAAAAAAAUUUUUAAAAACUCAAAAAUUCUUAAUAGUCAAACAUGUAAGUCCAAAAUUCCUUAGUAAUGCGUUGAAGAAUUUAUCGGCACAACAGCACAAAGGCUGAUAAGUCGAUUAAGUUACAACCACGUUGCUUGUCAAAAUAAACUCACUGCGAAAGGAAACUAUAUGUAUACAGCGUGACGGGUGAGGAGGGUAUCAUGCGAUUGGGGGAAAUUGAUGAAAUGAACAAAAAAGCAGUGUUUUCUGCUUAAAUGGUUGGAUUUCUCGCGCGCGAAUCGACCGUGUAUACGAUGAUGCCAAGUGAUAUUGACCCGAGUCACCUCUCUCGCGUGCUCCAAAAUGAAAAUGUAAUCGUGUUCAGUCACCCUUAAAAAUCAUCCUAUGCUAUUUUUGCUUUAACACGCCAAGAUAAGGGAUAUUUUCCCACCAUAUCACCACAUUGCUCUCGCAGAGAUUUUCAAUCUUAUCGCCAUUUUCAUGUACGAAUGUUUUCAUUUAAAUCAUUCAUAUUUCUGCUUAUACGUGCAAGUUUUUUUUUUCUUUAUGCUCUGGUCAAUUUCCGAUAUUGUUAAAUUUUUUUGCUCUCUCUACAUAAAAUACUAAAAUCUCGGGGAGUUUUUGUGCGAUAAGACGAAUGAAAUUUCCAUACGAUGAGCUCUCGCGACAGAAAUGUGUGUCUAAGAAGGCAAAAUCAGUCGUUUGCGAAAAGUAGAAUGAAACAGUAGAGUGAUUUUACGGGAUCUUUUGAGAGAAUUUUGGGUGCUUCGCCUAUAUUUUAUAAAUUCAGUGUGGCACAUAACUAAUCGGAAUUAAAUUGCCAUGGACACACAAACUUUUUAGUUUUUUUUUUGUUGUUGUGUUUAAAUAAAUUUUGUAAACAAGGUGAUUUUUGAGAAUUCCCGUUGUGGAAGGAAGGAAGAAAAAGGAAAAAAAAAUGGGGAAAUAUGAGACUUUUGGUGUUCUUGGGGCAUUUAUGGUGAUUGCCAUGACGGGUGUUACGCUAACGAAUAAAUUUCACCAAACAUCAUUGCAUGAAGAUUCCCAGGAGAAUCACAUAAUUGACGGAGAUGAAUAUGAAUACCGUGGUAGGCAUUUUGUACUGCUCAAUAGAGAUUCCCAACUGCACGUACCAGAGGUGAAUUUCACACAAAUAGAUAACUUUACAAAUUCCCAGAAGAGAGAUUACAUCAAAAAGAUGAUGCUCCAUGCGUGGAACAAUUACAAACAAUUUGCAUGGGGAAAGAAUGAAUUGCGCCCCAUUUCACGGAGACCCCAUUCCGGAAGUGUCUUUGGGGCAUUUGAUUUUGGUGCCACCAUCAUUGAUGGGCUCGAUACGCUCUACAUGAUGGGAUUGCAGGAAGAAUUUGAGGAGGGAAAGGAAUGGCUUGCACGGAGGUUUUCCUUUGACAAUGUGUCUGUGGAUAUAUCAGUGUUUGAGACAAAUAUUCGUUUUGUUGGUGGUUUGCUGUCAUGCUAUGCCCUAACGGGGGAUCCGCUGUUUAAGGAUAAAGCCGCCUAUGUGGCUGAUAAACUACUACCGGCUUUCCAGACACCCACGGGCAUUCCUUUGGCGCUUGUUAAUCUAAAAACUGGGAUGAGUAAAAAUUAUGGAUGGGCAAGUGGAGGUAGUAGUAUUUUAUCGGAAUUUGGAACUCUUCAUUUGGAAUUUUCUUAUUUGAGUGACAUCACGGGGAAUCCCAUCUAUCGGGAACGUGUCCAGAAUAUCCGGCAAGUGCUGAAGGAAUUGGAAAAGCCCAAGGGAUUGUAUCCGAAUUAUCUUAAUCCUAAAACUGGCAAAUGGGGUCAAUAUCACAUGUCCCUCGGUGCCUUAGGUGAUAGCUUCUUUGAGUAUUUACUGAAGGCGUGGAUUCAGUCAGGGCGUGGGGAUCAGGAGGCACGUCAGAUGUUCGAUGAGGCAAUGCCCCCAAUUAUUGAGCAUAUGGUACGAACGAGUCCGGGUGGGUUAACGUACGUGUCAGACAUGAAAUUCGAUAGGUUAGAGCAUAAAAUGGAUCAUUUGGCGUGCUUUGCGGGUGGACUAUUUGGUUUGGGUUCGCAAACAUUGUCCAAUGAAUGGUCAACACGGUAUAUGGAUAUUGCUCAUGGGCUAACAAAUACCUGCCAUGAGAGCUACAUACGUACAGCAACGAAAUUGGGACCGGAAAGUUUUCGUUUUAGCGAAGCUGCCGAAGCAAAGGCCCUCAAGACGUCCGAGAAGUACUACAUUCUCCGUCCGGAGACUUUUGAGAGUUACUUCAUCAUGUGGCGUUUGACGCAUCAGCAAAAGUACCGCGAUUGGGGCUGGGAAGCCGUUCAGGCACUCGAGAAGUACUGCCGAACACCAAAUGGGUACACGGGCAUCAAGAAUGUCUACAUGGAGGAUCCGCAGAAGGAUGAUGUGCAGCAAAGUUUCUUCCUUGCGGAAACAUUGAAGUACCUCUACUUACUCUUCUCGGACGAUUCACUCCUCCCUCUGGACGAGUGGGUGUUCAACACUGAAGCCCAUCCAUUCCCAAUUAAGGGAACGAAUUCGCUGUACAGGGCAGCUCCACUGACAACAACUAGUCAACUAUAAUUACCAAUUUAAUUCACAAAACACUGCUAAAUCCUAUUAAAAUGAUAUAUUAUUAAAUUAAUUAAUUAUUUAAAGAGCUUAUUGCUCUUUUUUUGACAAAACAACUUCGUGACUUCCCAUACAUUGAUUGGAAGAUUUUUAAAAGGAUAGAAGAAGAAGAAAAAAAAUUACAAAUUUGACGAUAUGGCGUUUAAAGAGAGAUGGAUUGUAUGGAAUGUGCCAAAAGGAAAUUAAGGCAAAUUAUUAAUUUCUUAAAUAAAUUAGAAGAAAAAUGAAGAUGAAAAUUCCCUUUUUCACGUAUGUUACGACGUGAAAUCACAUUGAAAACGUGAAUAACAAAGUGAGAUAAUUUAUUAAAUUGUAAAAUUAUAUUGUUAAAAUAAACUCUAAAAAGCCGCCGCACCUUAAAAAAAAUAAUGUAGAUGUGAGUGAUUCACGAUGAAAAUGUAGGGCAUUUUUUCUUUUGUAAAUAUUGUGGGUUUGUUGAAAUCUUAGUAUAAUAUAUUAAAUAAAUAAUACAAAAAAAGUAAAUAAAAGAUAUUUAUAAGUUGAUUAAAGUAAAAACAAAUUGAAUAGACUUCACAGUGGUAUUAAUGUUACGAUAAAAACAAAUUAUUAUAUAGAAAUUUUAAAUUAUAAAAGUAUAUAGUUGUGCGCUCACUUUCAGAAUUGAAUUAUUAAUUGUAGGAGCAGGAGGAGUCUAAAAAUGAAAGAUUUUUGUAUAUAAUUGCACACUCACCCUAAAAGGUUACAAAUAAAAGAACCCACUAUUGUAGAGCACUGAGCGUACUCGUGGUAUGCAGAAUUGGUCACUUUUUUUCGGAUAAUUAAUUUUAAGAGCAACAAAAUUCAGAGCCGGAACCCCAUGGCAAAUGCAUUAAUGAGCCAAUGAGGAAAUAAAACGGCUUUGAUAUAUCAAAA